ACGUCUCGCCUCCACAAUGCCAUGCCGCAGCUACCCUUUCAGCAUUCUUCAAACCCUUUCAUAACCGUCGUAGAAAUAUUUUGCGUCUUACUCCGUCCAUAGGGCUCAAGCGGACCUGGAUCGAUCGCGACUCUCAGUAACUAUCUUCGGAAAUCGAACCGCCCAUCAUGCCGUCGGUCGCCCAGGAAUCGCCGACUGCACAGUCGUCCAGGAAGCGGAGGCGAGACGACAACGACCACCAGAUGGCCCCCCCCCAUAGUGCCGCAAACACCCCUCGCGGGAUCUUCCACCAGAGCGAUCGAGCCCACCAGUCAUCUACCCUGGUGAACCGCAAGAUUAUCCCCCUACCACCGGGCAAACGUCAGCGAACAACUGUCGACAUAGAGAUCGAAGCAGAUGGAGAACCGAUGCAGCGAUCGCGCUCCAAUUCCCCUUUUCAAAGGCACCGCCACCUCGAGCACCGGGACCAUCAACAAACGAGGGAUGCUUCCCGGACCGAGGACACCCGAUCGCCAUCCACACUCGGAAAUCCCACCACCCCCGCACCCUUCAUGAGCCGCUGCCACAUCUGCUCGCGCAAGCCCACUAGGAAAUCCGACCUCGACUCCUUCGCCGACUGCCAAGGGUGCGGCCAGCGGACGUGCUACGUGUGCAUCCGCGAGUGCCUCGGCUGGGACGGCGCCGGUCCCAGCUCCUACGCCUACUCGCCAACAAUACAAACACACCCACAUCCACAUCCACAACCGCGACCGCAGGCGCAGCCACAUAACCCACACCCCGCGGUGUCCGAGGGACCCAACAGCGCCCGCGCUCUCCCCUCACCCACUGCCGCGACGACAACGACGACGAGCACACCAAUAGGGCUAUCUGCAGAGGAGGCGGGGGAGACGUCGUUCACGAUGUUGGACGCGGACGACGAGGACUACCAACAAGAAGCGCAGCACGAGCAGGGGUGGACCAGAGGCGGCGGGCACCGGCGGGUCGUCUGUAGCCGGUGCUGUGUCGAGCGGGGCCAGGACGGGGAGGUGGCUUGCUUGGGGUGCCUGCCGUUUGUGGAGGGUUGAGGGGUUCUACGCGGGAUAGGGCAUUUGGGAGUGUGGGACUGGUAUCGGCCAUGGCUGCUGUGUUGUGCUUGGCUGUUGGAUAGGACCGUAAUGGUCACAUUGAGGCCUUCUCCAUUUGGACAACCGGCAUCGGCGGGUGACCCA